CAUCGGCAUCGGCACCGGCACCGGCACCGGCACCGGCGGCUACUGCUGUCGUCGUCGUCUCCGCGAUGGGGAGGGUGAAGCUCAAGAUCAAGAGGCUGGAGAACAGCAGCGGGAGGCAGGUGACCUACUCCAAGCGGCGGUCGGGGAUCCUCAAGAAGGCCAAGGAGCUCUCCAUCCUGUGUGACAUCGAUCUCAUCCUCCUCAUGUUCUCGCCCACCGGCAAACCCACCAUUUGCAUCGGCGAAAGAAGCAACAUUGAGGAAGUCAUAGCAAAAUAUGCGCAGUUAACCCCUCAAGAGAGAGCUAAAAGGAAAUUAGAGAGCUUAGAAGCCCUAAAGAAGACUUUCAAGAAGCUAGACCACGAUGUAAAUAUUCAAGACUUCUUAGGCUCUGGGGGUCAGACAGUCGAGGAGUUAUCAGGCCAUCUCGGUUCAUUGCAAUGUCAAAUGGCAGAGGUUCAAAAGCGUCUCAGUUAUUGGAGCGAUCCUGAGAAAGUUGAGAAUAUCGACCAUAUAAGAGCAAUGGAGCAAUCUCUCAAAGAAUCUCUAAACCGCAUCCAAAUCCAUAAGGAGAACUUUGCAAAGCAACAUCUGAUCGGCCUACAGUGUGCUGCUGCCCAGUUCCAGACCGACAUGCAGUUGCCUCUAGGACUGACCGGUGAGCCGGGCCCUUCGUCCUGGUUCCAAAACGGCGGUGCCGAUGGGCAACAAGCCAUGAUGCUACCGGACGACUCCAGCCUGCUCCAUCAGAGAGACAUUGCUGGUUGCUCGACGAGCACGUCACUGCCGGGCUACCCAGGCUACUUCAGCAUGACCAAGCAGGAGACGGACACCGGCGGCGGCAGCGAGCACGCCGGGCAGGCGGCGGUGCACCAGCAGCCGCCGCCGCCGCCGCCUGACUUCAGCCAGGCCGAGUGCCUGACGUCGCUGCACCUGGGCGCGCAGUUCCCGUACGCACCCUGCUUCGACCACCCCAGCCUUUUCAACGACCGGAUGUUCAGGCCUGAUGCUGUUGAGCUGCACGACGGCAGCGCCGGCAUGGACUUUGGCGGCGGCCACUUCGACCUGCCCAGGCCUGGCGACGAGGCCAGCUUCCAGAACUGGGCGUCGGCGGCGGCAUGUGGCGCGGCCAUGUUUGACCACCACCAUCAGCAGCAGCAGCAUCACCAGCAAUCACAGUCGUCAUCUGCACAACUUCCUGCAGCAACAACUCUAGCAACUGCCUCAUUCGACCACGCCGUUGUUUAUCACGGUCCAUCUCAGCACCAGCAAGUCAUGAUCGGAUGAUCCUCCACUGAACAGGCAGUUGCAUUUUGGGAAAACAAGGCUUUAUGAAGCUCUGCAUCAUAGACCAACUAGAAUGACUAUUGUAGCAUAUACUAUGAAGUUCUACAGCAUGACCAACUCGAAUCAAGUAUCACCAAGAGCGUGCAGUCAAGAACUUCUAACAUAUGAAGUUUGUUCAGAUAUGUUCCUUAAUGGAACGGGAAGGGGGAAAUCCCUAUUCAUCGUUUUGCUCACAGGCUGCUAUUUCAUAGUGAAUAGAUUUGUUUAGUUAAACAAUGUUUUUUCGCGCGGAUGUUGCUUAAUUGAUCUGUCAUGGAGGUCAUGUAAUUUUAACCAAAUUAUUUGAUUUAGGCCUUGUUUA